AAUUAACAGCAGCUAGCACACGACUGUUAAAAAUAAAAACAAUCUUGCUAAACUUUUGUGUAUGGCGGGUACCGCAGAAAUACAAUGGAAACCAUAAAUCCCACUUACUCGUAUGUGACAAAUCUGGAGGUAAUGCAGCUGCUGCAAACCAUUAAGAGCACCAAGAAGAAGUUUGGCAUGCGGAACUUGGCUACGGUUACCUAUGAGGCGCUACAGUAUCUGGAAGAAUCACCCUGCAAAAAUCAAACACGUGACUCUAUUGAAAGCUAUCUAAAUGAUGUUGCCGUAUACCGGUUGAUGCCACAUGAGGUAUUGCAAAUGGUAAACGAUCCACCCACAAGUCCACUGCACACACAGCUGCUGAUCGAUGACAAUAAGGUACCGCUGACAGAUGAGGAAAACGAAGCCAUUAUACAACUGACCUAUAAACAUUUUAACAAGCCGGAGCAGCAGCAACAGCCGCAGCCACAGCAGCAAUCACAGUCACAACAGCAGCUACAUUAG